GUCGACAACAUUUCAACUUUCCAUCUUCAUGUAUUCUCGGUUUGAGAAUGAGGGUUUUGUUGAUUUGGGUUUUGCUCAUAGACGGUGUGUUUGGUAUUGAUGAAAUGAAGACUGUGUCAGUGAUGGAGGGAGAUUCUCUGACUUUACACACUGCUGUUACUGGAUUACAGAAUGACAAAUCCAAUUUUAUUAAAUGGUAUUUUAAUGGCAUCCGUGUAGCUCAAAUCUAUGGAGAUCUCAGUGUGUUCUGUACAGAUGUGAAGUGUCCAGGUGGUUAUAAUGAGAGAUUCAGAGACAGACUGAAGAUGAACAAUCAGACUGGAUCUCUCACCAUCAUGAACAUCAGAAUUACAGACUCUGGAGUUUAUCUACUAUGGAUCAUCAAUGCCAUCAGAGAAGAAAAGAUGUUCACUGUCACCGUCAAACCUGGAGUGUCUGGUGCUGAAAUGAAGAUAAAGUCGGUGAUUGAAGGAGAUUCUGUCACUCUACACACUGAUGAUACUGUAAAACAGGGAGAUGUUGUGAUGACGUGGUAUUUCAAUGACACUCGUAUAGCUGAAAUGAAUGAAGAUCCCAGUAAGAGCUGUACAGAUGUGACGUGUGAUGAAGGUGCUGAGAGAUUCAGAGACAGACUGAAGAUUGACCAUCAGACUGGAGAUCUCACUAUCACAAACACCAGAACUACAGACUCUGGACUUUAUCAACUAGAGAUCAGCAGCAGUAUCAGCAGCAGCUUCAGCGUAAAGAGCUUCAGUGUUAAUGUCAGCGUAUCAGACAUAAAAACUCGUUCUUCAUUCGACCAAAAAACUCCAGAUUCAGGUCUGUCUUCUGCUGCUGUAGCAGGAAUAUGUGUUGCUGUUGUUCUGGUUGUCGCUGUAACUGCUGGUGUGAUUUAUAAUCGGCGUAAGAUCUCAACACAAGGACAAAAUGAUAUGGAGAUGCGGCACAAUGUUCAGGAGGAUGACGGAGAGAAUGAGACUCAUGUGAUGAAUGAUGAAGGACAGGAGAGAGAACAGGAAGAGAGAGAGGAAGAGAGAGAGGAAGAGAGAGAGGAAGAGAGAGAGGAAGAGAGAGAAGAAGAGAGAGAAGAAGAGAGAGAGGAAGAGAGAGAGGAAGAGAGAGAGGAAGACAGAGAGGAAGAGAGAGAAGGAGAGAGAGAGGAAGAUAGAGAGGAAGAGAGAGAAGAAGAGAGAGAGGAAGAGAGAGAUGAUGCAACUGAAUGACUCGACAACAGUUUGUGCUGCUGCUGCAAUUCCUGCUUCUGUUCCGGUAUAACGCUGCUCUGAUCGAGGAUCAGUUUCCCCACCUCAAAUCCAAACCUCACUUACUAUUGAGAAAAGGAAAUCUGACUCGAGAUCUUUCUCAGAAUUUUGCUGCUGUUGGAAAGACUUGAUGCUUAAUAGACAAAUUAUUCAGUUUUACUGACAUGAAACAAGAAUCACAAACACACUUUCUCUAGUCUUGAGUUGAUUAAUUCAGAAUACUGAAACUUUCUGAACAGUGAUGAAUGUGUUUCAUCAGAUCAUCUGAAGCGCUUCUCAAACAUUUCAGUUCCAACAUUUGAUCAAAUAAGAAGCAAAUAAAUGUUCCCUUUAAUCUUUUAUUUCACUAAAGCAACACACACGAGCCUCAAUGAGUAAAAUCAAUGUGCCUGAAGUUAAUAUAAAUAUACAAUCAAAACCCUCAUCUAUGCAUGUGAUUAUAUUAAUGAUAUUUAUACUGUAGUUAAGAUAAAACCUGCAGUCAAAUCAAAAACAUAAAUUAUAAAUAUUGCCUUUAAUCUCGUGUUUGUUCUGGAACUGAUUUUCUCUUUAAAAUGUUUUUAAAUCACUUUAGUUUGAUUUAUUCAUGUGGGUCAUGCAGAGACUUCUGGAAACACCAGAUUUAUUUAUUUAUUUAACCGUAAUUUUAACAAGUUUACUGUUAACAUCUGUAUAUACAUGUGUGUGUAUGUAUGUAUAUCAUAUUGUGUAUUUUCUAUUUAGUUUCACUUUACUUUAUUCUAUUUUUGUAUUAAUAUCUCUGUCUUGUUGUUUUUGCACUUUAAACUAAUAUCAGCAAGACAAAUGUAUUGUAUGUGUUUAAGUGUUCUUGUGCAAUAAAUC